CACACCUGACACACACCUGAGGCACCUGACGCACGCAUGCGCAGAGUUCUCCUGGGAACCUGGGACCUGAACCUGGACCUGAACCUGGACCUGGAACCUGGACCUGGAACCGGAGCGGAGAGGCCCAUUAACCCGGACCCGGACCCCUGACCCUGACCCGGAGAUCAGCUGUUCCCGACCCGCCCGACCCGGCUCUCCGCGGGGCUGAGCGGGACCUGAUCCGGCCAUGAUGAGCUCCAUGGCGGCCGGCGGGGCCGGCGGGGCCGGCGGGGCCAGGAAGGCUCCCAAGCCGCUGGGGAAGCUCGCCGCGCGGCUGGAGCAGGUGAAGAACCCGUGGCGGAGCUGCGGCUCCGUGCUGGAGCUCAGCCACAGCGAGGCGGCCCGCCUGGCCACCGACGCGCUGCUGCAGGGCGGAGAGGCCGAGUACCGGCGCGUCCUGGCGGAGGAGCGGGAGCUCAGCUUCCUGUCCCCGCUGGAGCUGGAAUACAUCACCCGGAACGGAGCCCGGGCCGAGCCCGGACCCGGACCCGGACCCGAGGAGCCCGGAGCCCGCAGGUUCUGUGACGGGGCCGGGGCCCCCGACGUCCCCGGGUGUGAUGCCGUGUCUGAGCUGACGUCGGGGACUUACUUCCCCAUGAUGUCUGACGAGGAGCCGCCCCUGCUGGAGCUGGGCUGGCCCGAGCCCCCAGACCGGUCCUCCGGGGGGCCCCGGGGGGCCUCCGAGACACAGAUCUACUUCCAGAGGGACAAGAGCCACAACAUCAAGGACCUGGUCCGGUCCCUCAUCAACAAGGCCCAGAAGGUCAUCGCCCUGGUGAUGGACGUCUUCACGGACGUGGACCUGCUCUGCGACCUGAUGGAAGCGUCCAACAAGCGUCGGGUCCCGGUCUACGUCCUGCUGGACCAGAAGAACCUGCAGUUCUUCACCGACAUGUGCAGCAGGCUGGACGUCCACAACGAACACCUGAGCAACAUGCGGAUCCGCAGCGCCGCCGGCGACAUGUACUGCACCAAGAGCGGAAAGAAGUUCAGCGGGCAAGUUCUGGAGAAGUUCAUGAUCAUCGACUGUGAGGAGGUUCUGGCCGGUUCCUACAGCUUCACCUGGCUGUCGGCGCAGGUGCACAGCAACAUGGUGAUGCAUUUCUCCGGCCGCAUCACCGACAGCUUCGACCGGGAGUUCCGGUGUCUCUACGCCGACUCGCAGCUCAUCGACUGUUUCUCCAACCCGGAGGACGACGGGAUGCCGUACUACCCGCCGUACCAGUCCGCCGCGACCGGGUGGAGCCCGGCGCUGGAUUUACUCUCCGACAGACACCGGGACCGGGAGCGGGAACGGGACCGGGUUUGUUCCGAGAACUCCAGCAGCCAGUCCAGCAACAACAGCGUCUCCAGCGUCAAGGCGGCGCCCGGCAUGGCGGCGUCAACCGCCGUCUUCAAGGUCACGCAGGGUCACGACAAGAAGGACCCGCCGGCCGCGUCUCGCCUCAGCCCGCAGCGCAGGGAAGGAACCGCCGAGCGGGCGGGCGGGCCGACCCCGGCGGCCCGGAGCUCCGCUAGCGGCGGCGCUAGCUACAACCCGGUUAGCCAGCCGACGGGGCUGGAGUGGAACAAGCCCAGCGGGGGCGGAGUCUCGUCCAAGUUCCAGGGCCUGGGCUUGUACGACCACAAGCCGGCCAUGUUCCACGGCUCCCCGAGCCCCAAGACCCCGCCCCCCGGCCCCGUCCCCGUCCCCGAGGGCCGGCUCGCCCCCGACGGCCGGCUCGCCCCCGACGGCCGGCUCGCCCCCCGGCCCAGGACCAGCUCCAGCCCGUUCCUUAACAAGAUCACGGACUUCUUCCUGCCGCCCUCGGCGUCCCGGGACAAGGACAGGGACGGCUACAGCUGCUGGAGGACCCCGCCCCCCCUGGGGGGCCCCGCCCCCUGGGCCGAGCCAGACCUGUCCCCCCCCGAGCCCGAGGCCCAGCAGAGCCCCCCGCCGCCCCCCACGUCCCCCCCGGCCCUCAUGAGCCGCGGGGACCAGAAGAGGAUGACGCUCGGCCACAGCAAGCUGGACCUGGUGAACCACUACAACCGGCUCAAGUCCAAGCAGGUUUACAGCCGCUUCGAGCUCAAGAGCUCCAACUAGGGCGGGGAAAACGGGCGUAAUAUCACCGGAAUAAAGUCCUGAUAUCACCGGAAUAAAGUCCUGAUAUCACCAGAAUAAAGUCCUAAUAUCACCGGAAUAAAGUCCUGAUAUCACCAGAAUAAAGUCCUAAUAUUACGACUUUAUUCUCGUAAUGUUACGACUUUAUUCUCAUAAUAUUACGACUUUAUUCUCGUGAUAUUACGACUUUAAUUCUCAUAAUAUUACGACUUUAUUCUCGUGAUAUUACGACCCGUAAUUAUUCCCGUGAUAAUUACGAUAUUUGGACGCCGUGUUGAGCCGCAUUUUGUAAUAACGGUGCAUUUUGGAAUAAACGUCCAAAAUGUAAUAACGUUUUCAUUUCAUUUUGUAAUAAACUGCCGCAUUUUGUAAUAAAUGUUAUUGCAUUUUGAAGAUUAUUAUAAAAUGCACUUGCAACUUUUUUAUUUUAUAGGAAAUGUAAUACCAUGGUGAAUUAUGUAAUAAUACCUAUUAUUAUUGUUGGUUUAACAAUGAAUUUAUACAAGAGUGACUUUUAUUUUUUAUGCAAUUUCCCUCAGAGCUAUGUAGCCAAUAAAUCUAUGUAUAAAACUGCAAAUAUAACUUUAGUUGCCUAUUUGAAGUUUGGAAUUAUAUAGGCCAAUAACAAAUAAACUAUUAUUAUUACAUAAGGCACCAUGUUAUUACAUUUUCAAAUAACUUUAAUAACUUUAAUAAAUUUUUACAAUAAAAAAGUUGCAAGUGUAUUUUGUAAUAAUCUUCUCAAAACUUAUUACAUAAUGCAGCAAAAUUUAUUACAAAAUGUGUUGGGGAAGUUUAUUACAAAAUGCGGGUUUAUUACAAAAUGAAAUGACAAAGUUAUUACAUUUUUUUUUUUUUUUUUAAUGGAAAAAAAAAUAAAAUAGAAAAAUGAAUUAAAAAAAAAAAAAAAAAAAAAAAGUUAUUUCAUUUUGGACGUUUAUUACAAAAUGCGGCUCAACACUUCCCCCGGGGGGUCAGGGGACGGUUGGUUUACGGUGACGGUUUACACAGAUCUCUCUACGGAUCUUAUUCCUCAGAAACAGGAAACAGAUGAAAAUGUGAAACUCUCGUCUCCAACACUCCGGGACGUUUCCUCCGCCACUCAGGCGUCUUUUACAACCGUCUGGUCUCAUGUUUGAUAUUUUUGUUGGGGAUUUUUGUGGGUGGGGACUAGGGCUGUGCGAUUUUUUUUCUCUGAAAACCCGAUUUUCGAUUUAGAUUUUUUUGGUAAAACUACAAAAGACAAUGGAAUAAAUUGUUUCAAAUAUUUUAUUUUUAUUUUUAAAGAAAAAUAGCAAACAAAUUUCCCUAUUGGGAAUGAAGUGAAAUUGAAAGAUCCUGUAAAUCCUCCUUGAGUUUAGUAAAGUGACAACAUUUACAAUUUUCUUGACCAAACAAAGACUAGACGAGCUCUGUCUGUAAUGCAGCUGCAGAAAAGGAACAUCCAUUUUACCAUUUUCCUUUUUUUAACAUCGUCUUGCUUAAUAAAUCCGAUUUAGAUUUAAAAUCGAUUAAUCGCACAGCCCUCGUGGGGACGUCUUGUCUCACGGACAAGUUUUCAGCUGAAGCUUCAGCCGCUUCAAAUGUCUUUAUUAUUACUGUAUGUGCAUAAAAGUAAAAUCUAUCAGAAUCCUUCGUUCAUUUAUGUUAACAUUUAUACACAAAAUAAGCUGAAGCUUUUUUAGCGUCGCUACAAACUCAGAAAUGUAAACUCAGAGCAGAAUCACGACUUCAGGUGAUUUUAUUAGAAUUUAAAAGUAUUAAACUACGACUUCAGACCAACCCAGAACCAGAACUGGUCCAGAGGAAAGAACUGGUCCAGAACCUGGAACCAGUCUCUGACGCUUCUGGACGUUUGUUUCUCUUUGUUUCUCUUUGGUUUAAGAGUUUAUCUGUUUCAGAUACCAGUGACGUCACUGAGGAUCAAUACCUGGUAUUGAUGGAUAUUGGUGCCAGGGAUCAAUACUGAGUAUCUGAAGGAUCGGGGGGAAACUUGUUUUUACGUUUUUAAAGAUGAUGUUAUUUAGUUGUUGGGUUAAAGUUUCUCCUGGUUUUUAAAAUAAAGAAC